UUCUCCGUCAGUGUGCCGUCCGCCGUCGGUCGAGGACCACGUGUGCUUGCGUGGCGUCGACAGGGUCGUGGACCGUCAGGGUUGCCCGUCACGCGCAUAUCCGUCAACCCCCUGCGAGUCCGAGCGCGGCUCGCUCGCGAAGGAAACCGGGAAUAACAGACACUGUCUCUCGUGCUUCGUGCCUCGUUGCUCCUGCAGCUCGUUCGUUUCGGUCCGCUGGUAUUUCGCCGUCGACGAGGAGAGAACCGAAUCGGUGGCCGCGCGUCGCGCACGUGACGCUCUCGGCCAGCGGAAACCGGAGCUUCUCUGGAACCAGUGCGUUUCCGGAUUAUCCGUACCGAAGGUGCACAGGGAGAGAGCGGGUGCUCGCGCUCACGGACACAGACCGCGAGGUGUCCGGCGCGCGGUCGCGCCGCGGAUCGGUGGAAAAGCGCGGCAAGUCUCGGCGCGGUACAGAAGGCGAGUGCUUUCGGUGUCCCGCGCUUUCGGAUAUUCGAGCCCGGUUGAGUGAUCCAGUGACGGUGUCGCUCGCGGUGCACGCUCAAUUUUCGUCCGGAUCGAUUUCGCGGUGUUCGCGGCCAUUGGCGAGAGCGAACGUGAUUGCAGAGCCCGCGCGCGUGUCCCGUUGCUUGGACCCCGUCCAGACGAACCGGAAAUCUGUGGUGACCCGGCGUGAUCGAAGAUCUCCGCAGCGAGACUCGUUUUUUUUAGCCGGGCCGAGGUCGGCCGCCCCGAUUAAUCGGGACACCCUCCCCGCGCCCUCGUCCUCUCACCCCCUCGCCCCGACGACACUCAGGAGUCAAAAAGAGCGUCGCUCGCGUUACGCUCCGCGGAGCCGAGAAUGCCUCGCGAGAAUCAAUCCCGGGGAUCGUUGACCACACCGUCGCGGCUACAGCGUCGUCGUCGUUUUCCUUAACUAACCCCUCGGCUAAUCCAGAGGCAGCAAAAGGGAGAGAAAUCGAGAGAGAGAGAGAGAGAGAGAGAGAUACAGGAGUAGAGUUCGCAGGAGACGAGGAAAAUCGCGGUUCGAUCGCGGAGGAUCGAACGGCGAGAGGAGAGUGCGGGAAGAAGGAAGCAGAAAGCAGAAAGCAGGAAGCAGGUCCCUGUGCUCGUUCGUUCCGCGUCGUCGGCAGGCGAACGUGAAACCAGUCGGCCAACGGCAUCCUGGUGUACCGCGGGGGCGGUAGGGCGCGCGGACCGGGGGUUAUUUUCUGAACGAGACGGUGGCCGUUGGUGCGGUAAAUUCUGCGGCCUCGGUGGACAUACCAUGGUCACCGGUGAUUGCGGGUAUCAUGUUCGUCGUUGCAGGUUAUUGGCUGCAGCAGCGGCGCGCGGUUAGAUCGAGAGUGCGCCAGGUUUUCUAGCGGGCCGGAGGCUACUACGCGUGUCCGACGCUUUAAUAACGGAGCGUGGAGUGGAUGAAAGGCAGGCGGAAAAAAGGAAGCAAGCAGAGCGGUGCGGGCUCGGGAUAUAUCCUAUCGUAUCCGCGUCGCGUACCGGCGCGAAGCGUCGCGGCGCGGCUCGGCGCUCUGGAUGCGGUCCCGUUGUGGCUUUAAUUAGUGUUUAACCGUCGACGGAAAAACAGGAGGCCGAGUCCCGAGGGGCAGGGGAGCGAAGGAGCAGCACCCCGGAGCGUGCGGUAACGCUUCGAAUCGUGUGCCGGAGCGUCGAGCGCUCGGCUCUCCUGGCUCCAGGCUCUCUAGGCUGCACUCUCUCUCUCUCUCUUUAGGCUGCAGUCUCCCUCGGCUCCGGUCUCUCUCGGCCUCGGGCUCACCUAGUACGCGUCGCCUAGAGGGACGAGAUCUCAUGAACGUUCCUGCCGUUCCUGAAACGAGCGCGGCGUGCCAGCCAUGCCGAGAUAGGCCUGCGAUGAUCGCCGACACAGCCAGGAGCUGCCCCGAGAGCGAGCCUACAGCGCGAAAGAUCGCCAACCAUCCCUGCGCCGCGCGAACCUCACUCGCAGCAAUCCCAUCCUCGAGCUAGCUACCUGAUCCCAGCUCGCUCGGUGUCCGCGGUACCUCGAGAGUAUCCGAUCUGAUUCAGCUCGCUCGCUCGGUCUCGGCCUCGCGAAGUGCGGAUAUUCGUCGGCGAAACUGACGUGGAAUAACUAGUGAACAUGUGGAGUGUACUGGUGGUGGUGUUCGUCGGACUAACCAAGGCUGUUUCCUACGUCGCCGGGAUCGCGACCGCCGUCGACGAAAAGUCUGUUCCACUGGUGAAUGUCAGCGUAGUGGAAGGAGCGCCAGCGGAAUUACCAUGCGACAUCACUCCACCAGGAGAGGACACCCUGCAUAUGGUUUUCUGGUUCAAGGACGAAGCUGGCGUACCCCUGUACACAAUCGACGCGAGGGAGAAGCCGGUCACGAAGGCGCAGCACUCCUCGGACCAGGGGGUCUUCGGACCCAGGGCGUACUUUCGAACCGCGCCGCAGAACCCCGCGGUGCUCGUGAUAGAGGACAUCAAGAGGCACGACGCGGCUACCUAUAGGUGCAGAGUCGAUUUUCGCAAGGGACAGACACGGAGCUUUCGCUACAAUCUCACCGUGAUCGUACCGCCGGAACAGCCGACCAUUCUAGAUCAAUGGGGGAGGAUAGUGAACGGGACGGCUGGACCUUACGAGGAAAACGACACACCGUCCCUGACCUGCCGCGUCACCGGGGGUAAACCGGAGCCCGUAGUGCGGUGGCUCGUUAACGGCGAAGUCAAGGACGAGGAGUACGAGAAGAACGCUGGCGACGUCAUAGAGAACAGGUUGACCCUGCAAGCGAUCAGGCGUUCGGACCUGGGGUCGAACUUCACCUGCCAGGCGCGGAACACAGGCUUGAUCGAGCCGAAGGUGUCCUCGAUCACGCUCGAGCUGAACCUGAAACCGUUGACGGCCGUCAUAAGGAGGCCCGGGAAAAAGGGAGUCGGCAACGAGUCCCUGUUGGCUGGCAAACGGUACGACGUCGAGUGCGAGACCACCGGAUCGAGGCCUCCCGCGGUCAUCACGUGGUACAAGGGAAGGAGAAGACAGCUGAAGCACACCACGGAGGAGCGAUCGGAGAACCGAACGGUGAGCAUAGUGGAGUUCGAGCCCGGCGUGGAGGACCACGGGAAGUCGAUCACCUGCAGGGCCGAGAACCCGAACGUGACGGGACUGUUCCUCGAGAAAUCCUGGAGAAUCGACGUCGUCUACCCGCCGAUCGUGUCGCUGAACCUGGGAUCCACGCUGAGCCCGGAGGACAUCAAGGAGGGCGACGACGUUUACUUCGAGUGUCACAUAAGGGCGAAUCCGCCCUGGUCGAAGCUCACGUGGAUACACGACAAUCAAAUCCUGGCGCACAACACGACGGCGAAGAUAAUCUGGUCGAACCAGAGCCUGGUGCUGCAGAGCGUGACGAGGAGCAGCGCCGGCAAGUAUGUCUGCGCAGUGACGAACGACCUGAACGAGACGCGGAGCGAGCCCCUUCAUUUUCGCGUCAAGUUCGCCCCGGUGUGCAAGGAGGACCGUAUAAUCGUGGUGGGCGCAUCUCGGGGCGAGUCCCUGGACAUCGCCUGCAGGGUGGAGGCCGAUCCGCCGGCGCACAAUUUCCGAUGGAAAUUCAACAACAGCGGGGAGACGCUGGAGGUCGCGCCCGGCCGUUUCUCGAUGGAGAAGUCGAGCGGCGUGAGCGUGCUUAGGUACACGCCGGCCACCGAACUGGAUUACGGCACUCUGUCCUGCUGGGCGGACAAUUUGGUCGGUACACAGGCGAGACCGUGUCUCUUCCAGCUGGUAGCCGCCGGGAGACCGUUCCCGGUACGAAACUGCACGCUGGCGAACCAGACCUCCACCAGCGUGGAGGUGAAAUGCGUCGCUGGCUACGACGGAGGCCUCCCCCAGAAAUUCAUCUUGGAGGUGUACCACGGCGACGCGGACUUCUUGUCGAACAGUCAGCCGCUCUACAACGUGUCCAACGUCGACGAGCCGAGCUUCUCUCUGGCAGGAUUGGAGGCGUCCGUGGAGGCGGGCGUUCACGUCGCGGUUUACGCGAUCAACGCCAAGGGACGAAGCCACCCGGUCAUCGUCAGCGAGGUCACUUCACGAGACGCUGAGAAGCGAACCGGACAAGACGACGGGAUCGUGCUCUCGCCCCUGAUCGGUGUGGUGGUUGGCGCUCUGGUCACCAUGGUGCUGAUCAUCCUGGUGGUGGCGGUGCGGGUGCGCCGGGACAGGGUGUCGAAACCGAGACACGAAAAACCAGCGGAGCUCAGCGAACUGCCGCCGCAACAGUAUCCUCUGCAGAACACGCAACAGACCGUGGAAACCGAUCCGGACGUUAUCCCAAAUAAAUUCGAGGGCAACCUGGUGGAAGUUAGCCCGCCGAGCUACCCUGGAGGCUACCCUCCGGGACACUGGGUGACGCCGGGCCCCACGCCUAGCAUAGACGAGCUGUGCCACAAGUUCGCCGGAAGACCGACCGAGCUCAGGUUACCAUCGAGGAGCACGAUACCCAGCCUGCAGAACAUGCCCAUGGCGGGAAUGAUGGUGGGCCCGGGCCAGGGGAUGGUGUUGGGCGGCAGUCAAGGCGUCGCGAUGGGCGCCGGCCAGGGCGUCGUCGUCGCCGGGGAGUGUCUCGACGGCGAGGCGAUCAAGCGGCGACUGAUGGCGAACAGGCUGCCGGAGAGUUGCGUCUAGAGCAGGCACGGCCGGCAAUCGACCUUUGCCCCGGGAGCGCCGCGAUUAGCCCCCGGGGUAAGUCCCUAAGAACGAGAGACUCUCGCGAGUUCGGCGUCGUCGGCGACGCAACACUGUCUCGCUCUCCCCGCGCGGGACACUGUCCUCGACCGAGAGCAACGGGCAGGGCAGAGUCUAGGGCCUAGGUUGCUCCAAAAGCAACGUUCCGCGUAGGUGCCGUUCAGAGGUGGCGAGAAGGCGCCCGCAAACGACGCGAGCGCGUCCGCGCCGGAAGCCUCCUCGCCAGCUCUGCGCUGUGCUUCGCGCAAAGAUCGCCGUCGAUGCGAGUGUCCUCGCUGUUCACGCUCUGUCGCGAGCCAAGGCGGAGAGCUCCACAGGACAAUCCGAAGUGAUUCUCCAGAGGAGACGCCGCAGAGAAACGCGUUACUCUUCGACCACUUUCCGAGCAAGCUCUGAUCGGAGCCACGGCGAACCGCGUCCGCGCCUGGUCUAGACCUUCGAACUCGCCUCCUCGGCGCGUAGUUCUCCCGCGAAUCGGCCGCAAAUUGGCAGCGAGAUUCGGGGAUCCCUCCGAAGAAGUCAAUUGCGAGACGACGACGACGACGACGACGACGACGACGAGUCCACAGACAAUCCAGCGUCGUAACGAGCGCCGCGUCCGCCGCGGAAACUUCCCGGUCGGAAAGAAUCGGCCGACGAAACAGUUUCGAGAGCGUUUCCCUCACAGUGUCCGAUGGAAUGUUGUUUCUUUCUUCUCGGCGCGGGUGUGGGGAGGGCCGCGGCUGCGAGUAGAAUCGGCCUGCGGAAGAAUUAGGUGGAAACUUGCCGGCUCUCUCGAGUUCUCUCCCCGGCCGACGAGCACGCCGCGAACUCGCGUUCUCUCUUGUCCGAGAAACUUUCUCUCUCUCUUCUUCUCUUCUCUCUCUCUCUCUCUCUCUCUCUAUUUCUCUCUCGCUCCGUGCUCCAGCGUUUCUUCUAGAACCGAAUGCCGAUCUUCGACAGUGUCCUCUUCCCGCGCGUAUAUUUCUUUCCCGAGGUACGUGAUGCAAGUUUCGGGGAAAACCGUCCGUGCAAAAUUUUUCGCGGAGAAAUCCGGGAACGAAUGGCGACAGUAACGUAUCGGGAAAACGACAAAUCGAGUAUAAUAACAUAUCCAGCGGCGACGCACACAGUGUUCGGGAAUGCCGAAUAGCUGGCCGAAAUACAUUUUUGUUUUUCGGAGUACGUAACCGAUAUCGUUUGCCUGAAUUAGACGGAACUGUAUUAACGCUUUGCACUCCGAUGUCGCCGUUAUUCGAGUCUUGCACCUCGUUUUUAUAAUCGUUGACAAUCGGCA